AUGCAGAGCACACAGAAGAAGCCGGAGGGCGGUGUCGACUCCGAGACGGAGACGAGCGCGCAGCUGGUGGACAUACAGAAGGAGCUGGAGGCACUAAAGCAGCGCCGCAUGGUCCUCGAGGAGCAGCGGCGGAAAAUUUUUAGCAGCUGCGGCUCCUCCGCCUCGGCGAACGGCGCCCAGUCCACCAUAUGGAGCCAACGAGCCGCGAACGAUACCUCCAGCAGGAAUUGCACGCAAGUUACAAGAGGAAGCUCUGGGCGCCGACUCGACCGCUCCAGCGUGGAUCAUAGCUGCCGCAUUCCCUCUGAGGCAGAGCGGCUAAAGACCAUCAAGACGAACGUGUAUAGAGAAAUGAAGGACUCCAUGCGGAAGAGCUGGGAACACGAUAGCGCACUGAUUAUGGGGUCGUUCUUGGCAGACGACAAUCCACGGGCGUGCACAUUUGGCCGGGAGCGUCGCUUCGUACCUAUUGUUGAUCAAAAGGGCCAGUAUUACCUGAGCACCGACGUAGAGGCGAUGUCGCGGCGCAAGAACCAGGCGACAGACUGCCACACCGUGUCUCGCCGCGGGGAGCGGGGGAUGAACAUCUCGAACCACUGGAACGAUCUGCAGUGCAGCGGCCCGCCGGGGCCGGGCGCCUACACGCCGCGCUACGGCAAGCUGGCGAAACCAUCGGUCCUCACGCGGCGGUGA